CCUGUUUAUCGUCUUAUUGCCACGGGAACGGGAACUACGCGGGUAAAACCGCGGGUCGUCGGUUUUUUUAUACGUUCAAAACAGUAUAAUAGGUAACUAUUUUCUUUCACCUUUUAGGUACCUUAGUACCUACCUACCCUUUCAGAUUUAAAAUUCAGAUUUUACACUAAAAAAAUAUAAUCAUGUCUAAAUCAUAUUUUAUAGUAGUAAUAGCCUAGGUACCUACUAUGCAAUCCACUGAUGAACGAGUCUAGUAGCUACGCUGUCGUACAAAAGAAAAAGACGAAUUAUAAAAACUCAAGGUAAAUCUAGCUAAAGCAGUAGUCUGUAGAAACCACACAGGCGUACCUACCUACUUAUAGGUACACAUAUAUAAAGCACCUACGUAGUAUCUACGUACUCCAGAGUCGGUAGAUAGCAUUCGUCUAUUCUGUGGCUCUGGAUGUGAUAUAAAUAGAGCUGUGUGAUGUCCGAUUUUCGUACAUGCAAGUAUUAGAUAGAUAAAACACAUCGCCUACAAUUUUCAUUAAAACAAGGUUGAAUUCGCGUAAUAAUCCUAUUCAUUAAUUAAGAAGAUUUACGUAAGGUAUGGCGAGGUUUAAAGAGGUAAAAACUCUCGAAUGUUUGGCCUUAACGAAGCUCGGAGAAUGGAUUGCAAAGCAAGCAGAAAGCCAAAUGCAAUUUACUACAGCACUUUCCCAACAACACCCUAACCAAGCGCAGAUAACAUUAAACCAGAAUAUUGAAAAUAUCCGCCGUUAUAUAGAUUUCCAUGUUCCGUGGAUGCUUCAUGAUAAGUUAGUUAGUGAAGCUAUAAAAGCAUUGUCUGAUUUGUUAGAAAAGACAAAGAAUUCUUUGGGAUUUCGAGGCUCCAUGACUAAGUUUGUUAGCCAGAUGAAUGUUAUUGUGAAAAUGACUGAAGUUUUGUUUACGCAAAAUUUUACUUAUGUUUCAAUCGAUAUUAUACCAAAGAUGAUGCGCUCAAUAUUCUAUACUAAACUUCACAUGUUGACAGGCCUCAUAUAUUUGAACCUAGGCUCUCUGUCCGGCGGCUGGAAAACGUCUGACAUGGAAGAAUCAAUAAUAAUGGCUUUAAAGGAGUUACACCACCUCAAAUAUCUCAUUAUAAAUUACGAUUGUACAGAUAAUAUAUUAAGGUGUAUAGUAAAAAAUUGUACAAAAUUAACAAAAUUAGAUGUAUCGUGCUCAAAAUCUAUAACUAAUGAAAGUAUAAACGUCAUUAGUAAAUUAAAAGCAUUGAAGUCCGUUCAGUUGUAUCAUACAUUUGUUACAUGGGAAGGGUUUGUUAAUUUAUUGAUCAAUAGUCAUAACUUAGAAGACAUCGGCAGAUGUGACGAAAUAGGCAAAGUUCUGGAAUUCAUACAUAUUAAUUGUCCAGAAACCUGUCCGUUCAACUUAAAAAUCUACGUAAGUCGAUACGCUACCAGUUACCACCUGCAACUAGCAGUAGCAAUGUGCCCGAACAUUUGCAGUAUGACUGUGUUUCACAACACUUUGCAAAGUGACCUAAUGGUACUAAUCGAAUUAAAGAAUUUGUAUGAUUUAAAACUAUUAUCAUGCGAUUUUUAUGCUGACCAAAUAAAACAAGUACUUCAAGUAAAAGGUUGUAACCUUCUCAAGUUACACCUUGAACAUGUCGAUCAAAUUGAUUUGAAUGCCCUAAUGUAUAUAAGUCAAAUGUGUCCUUUACUUGAAAGUUUGACUUUUUAUAAUUGCACUUUAAUUCAACAUACAUCUUUGUAUACCAAAAAAUUGGAAAUAUUGCCCUUCAGAAAUUUGAAAAGGCUGACGUGCGUUUCAACAUUUACAGACGAGCAAUUGUUAUUUUUAUUGACAAAUUGCGUUAAUGUUGAAUUCAUCCAAGUGGGGACAGCUAUUCAACUUACGGAUGAAUUUAUGUUCAAGUUAUUGGAAAAUAAUCCGUUGAUAUAUUUAAAAGAAUUACGAAUUAUGCAAUCUGACUUUUUAACGAUAUUAUCGGUAGAAAAAAUUAUUCAGAGUUGUAUGAGCUUAGAAAUAUUAGUAGAAUUAGAGAGUUGGUCUUUAAUAACAGAAAGUGAUAGAGAAUAUAUUAGAAACUAUAUAAAAAUCAACAACUUUAAUGUUGACACAACUCCAAUACGGAGAUACGAUGCUUAACUUCGAAUUGAAAUACCUACCCUUAUUGAGUAGAUACUCGAAAAGGUAUUUAUCUAUACUACAUAAUACAAUAUCUUAUAGAGGAAAGAUUUAAUUGUUUGCAUUGAAUAGGCUCUGAAACUACUGACCCGAUUCGAAAAAUUCUUUUACCAAUGGAAAGCUACAUUAUCAAGGAGAUAAUAAUAGGGUAUAUUUUUAUCCGUAUUCCAGCGGGAAUGGGAACUACGCGGGUAAAACCGCGGAAUUCUGCUAGUGUGUUUAUAAAAUGGAAGGUUGCAUGCCGCCAUCUUGCUGCGGAGUACCGCUUUUUUAAUCUGUAAAAUGUAAAACACCGAAGUACUUACUAGAAUGAAAACAUUACCACCUGACUUGAUAAAGAAUUAGAAAUGUCCGCGUGCGAAGAAAUAAACGCAUUUCGCACAGAUAAAAAAAAUAUAAAUGUCUCAAAAAUAAUAAUCAAAAAUGUACGAACAAAUCAAGUUUCAUAUCAAUAGUGUCAAAAAUGAAUAAGAUAAAGAACAAUUUACGUAAAACGACUUUACUUUCAAUUUUUUUUUAUAUUAAUUUUAAUAAACAAUUUAUAAAUAAUUUAAAUUUAUAGGAUUAAAGUUCAUUAAUUAAAAUAUUUUAUGAAUUAAUAUUUUAGAAAAAUUUAUAGUCAUAUACAUAUUAAAUGUAGUUUUAGCUGAAACGAUUACGUAUUUCGUGCGAUUUGCGUUGCAGGCCCCAUUAGUCAUUUCGGCUGUUAUGUGGGAACCUAUGAAUAUGAGUAGGUAUAACAAUGAUAUUUUAUAGUAUAGAUAGGACACGUGCCUACAAAAUCACCUCAAAAAGUGAUCGGAAUUUAGCUACUCCACUAAGCUGUUGCGGUCCGCCGUAGCGGCGUGUCAUUUUAAUAAUUUUGGCAAUAAAUGUUAAAA